UGGGAAAGGAGAUAAUUUCUGAUAUCAUUAAUCUUACUUGUAACCCCUAGAGAGCCUGUACUUGGUGCAGGAAAGCUGAAUAAAGUUGAGUUCACACGCAGAAUGACAGUACCAUAUUUAUAUUGUGGCUUUAACAUGUUGUGCAGUAGCCCCUCCCUUGUUCUUGGCAACACCCUAAAUCUGGAAAACACUUAAAACUGCUCUGACCGAGCCUUCUCCUUGUGAAUCAUUUUGUUUGAGGAAAUCACUUGGAAGACCAGUGUGGAUUUGGGCAACUAUUCCUUCGUUCUACAGUAUGAGUGCUGUACCCGGGUCAGGAGGAUUGCCAGGACAGAAUGGUAACUCCUCAGCAGUUAAGUUACCUACUUGGGCUGAAGGACAACUGAGCAGUCCCAUCAUCACAAGUUUAAUUCCUGCUCUUUAUGUCUUUGUGUUUGUUAUUGGAUUCCCAACCAAUGCAACAGCUCUUUGGACAAUGGUGUCUAAAAAGAAAAAGCCUUCCACCAUAUACCUGAUCAACCUGGCAGUCGCAGACCUCUUCCUGAUCUUAAUGCUGCCCUUCAAGAUUCACUACCGUUUCCAGGGCAACAACUGGAUCUUCGGCGAAGCCCUGUGCCGGACGAUGACGGCCUUCUUCUACGGGAACAUGUACUGCUCCAUCCUGCUCCUCACCUUCAUCAGCGUCGACCGAUACUUUGCUCUGGUCCACCCAUUCUGCUCCAGACGCUUCAGGGACAAUAGGUCCGCUGUUACUGUUUGUGCUGUAAUUUGGGUGGUAGUUAUUCUUUUUGUUCUCCCUUUCUUCCUUAUUGAACAGACGGUUCAUAUCCCAAAUCUAGGCAUCACCACCUGUCAUGAUGUGUAUCUAAACAACACAGUCAAUGUUUAUUUCUAUUACUGGCAGUCUGUGGCGAUAAUAGGAUUUAUAAUUCCAAGUUUCAUAACUGUACUUAGCUAUUCUCUUGUAAUCAGAACUUUACUGCUUAGUAAGGGAGAGUAUAAAAAGGCUAUAAUAAUCACAGUUUUAACCCUGUUCACGUAUCUUGUGUGUUUCAGUCCCAGUAAUAUUGCACUGUUACUGCACCAAUGGAUCCCUGAACUCUACAUCCAUUACAUGUACCUGUUGCCCCUCAGUAGUUUUAAUAAUUGCAUUGACCCCAUUAUUUACUACUUCAUUUCUGAAGAAUGGAGGAAGAAAGUAAAGGCGAUAUUCUGUUCCCAUGAACUUGAACCGAAGAAUGGAAGUUCACACUCAUUCAGAAUAUUCCGGUUGAUUUCCUCCCGAAGCUCCACCACAAAUAUAAUCAGUGACUAGCUGAAUAACUUAAGGCCUCAGUCCUAGAAUUGUAAAGCAACAAUUGCCAUCUUAUGUCUCUUACAACCAAAGAUCAAUUCAGCCAGCCCCCAUAUUUCAGCCCUUACAUAGUCACACGGUUGCUUUUCAAAAGUGCAGCAAAUCACUGCCUCAGUCAUCACCUCAACUGUAGGUUCUAGAGCACCACAUCCUGCGUGAGCUGCUUUUCUGCUUUCUCUAUGAUAGAAGAGCCACCUCCUCGUGGGAGGGAGUAAACAGUCGAUGUUUGGGGCCGAGACCCUUCGUCGGGACUGGAAAGCAAGGGGUAAGGGCCGGAACAAGAGGGUAGGGAGGGAGGAAGUGUACAAGAUGGCAGGUGAUGGGUGAGACCAGGUGAGAGGGAUGGUGGGUGGAUAGGGAGGGGUGAAGUAAGAAGCUGGGAGGUGAGAGGUGAAAAAGGUAGAGGGCUAAAGAAGAAGGAGUCUGAUAGGAGAGGAGGCAUACAGACAAACAUACAUACAGACAAAAGCAUCCUCCCAGAAAUCAACCUCGUGAACACUUUUCGUGUUCUCUCUAUGAUAGCUAUAUCCUUUAUUGUACAAGGAAAAUUAACCAGUGGUAAUCCCAUCUUGGCCCUGAAUAAUUGCAGUAAGAUAACCUUACUCUUGUAAUCAAAUUCUCUUAUAAUAAAGGCCAAAAUUUGCCAUCCUAAUUGCUUGUUACAGAUUCAUGUUAGGUGCGUACAAUGUCAGCUAGAUCUCCUUGAACUUCAUAUGUUCCCAGCUCUCAGCUUUACUGCACUGUGCACUAAUAUAGACAACCCCCUCUUUAUCCACAUCACAAUUGCAUCCACUAUGAACUUGCCUUCUCACUUACCUUGACUCUAUCCUCUGGAAGCUCCACCUUCCUAUUCAUGAAUUCACAUAAUUUGGAAUUACAUAGAAAUUUGGAAACAUCACAUUUGGUUGUUUUGGCCAAAUUAUUGAUAUUGAUUGUAAAUAGCAGUGAUUUGAACCUGCCAGCCCCAGGACAAGCCUUACUUGCUGUUCUAUGUUUCCUAUCUUUUAAAGCAAUUCUCAAACUAUCAUUAGACUAUCCUCAAUUCUGUGUGACAAUUCCUCUUCACCCGCACUAACUGCUCGAUCCCUCAGCAAAUUGUUCCAUUUUCCGGUGUCUCUCACAUCCAGUGUCGCUGGCAGGGAUUUUGUGAAAUGGACACAAAGUGUUUGUUUAUUCCUCUUCAUCUAUGAGCAAAGACACGAAGUACGAUUUAUUUCCUCCAUCGUUCCUUAUUCCCAAUUAUAAUCCCUCCUGUACCUAACACUCACGUGCCCUUGCUUGUCCUUUCCCUGUUGCACCCAUAUAAAACCUAAUGCAAUCCCUUUUUAUGUGAAAGCAAUGGAAAUUGUCAAAGAAAUAAUUAAGGUAAAGGCUGAAUUAAUCUGUAAUUGUUAUUACCAAUUUCUAUUUAAUUUGGGAAGCAGACUCGAUGAGCCAAAUGGAAGGGCCUAAUUCUGCCCCUACAUCUUAUGUCUUACACUUUCAAGAGCCCAGAGUGAAAUGUCUUUACCAGCUUGAAAAUAUUCGAUCAUGAAUAUCAUGGGGUACUGAUUGUGUAUGAUCAGUCAUGAUCACAGUGAAUGGCGGUGCUGGCUAGAAGGGCCGAAUGGCCUACUCCUGCACCUACUGUCUAUUGUCUAUUAUGACAAAUGCCAAAAACAAACUACUGAAUUUAACUAAAAAUAAAGAGCAGGGAAUUCAAGGCCCUUUUUAAGAUGUUUAGUUACUGGUCCAUAAACACCACUUGGAACUGAUGUCAAAAUUUAUUCCUGUGCAUACUUGUAAGAGAUCUCAGUCAUAUAUGUACUUUGAUAAUAAAUAUGCUUUGAACUUUGAAUUACUUGAAAACUAGUUUGGACAUGCUAAUCAUGCAGAAAGGUGAAUAGAGCAAAUGUGCGAGCAGAACAUUUUUGGAUUGUUUGACCUGUUUUUAAAAUGUGAUAUGUCAUAAAAUUCUAUGUGACAGUGCCAACAGAGCCAGAUAAGCUUUUAGUGUUUUGUUGUUGUAUACGAUAAUUUGCUUUAGAAUUCAGAUGCAGUCAUGUGAACUUUUUCCUUCUGUAUUUUAUUUAAAAUACUUGCUUCAGAAUUGAAAUCCAUUCAUGUUAAUUGCUUCCUUUUGAAUUUGAUUAAAAAAAAUCACAUACUGAGAACUAUACUGAAACUGAACUAGAAUAUAGGAUUUCAUUUGGGAGUUGAACAAAUUGAUUGUGUUUUGGUGGAAUAUUUCUUUGCUUGUUAAUUAACUGUUUCUCUUUCAAUGAUAAUUAAUACAUUUAUCAUUCAGAAUGUAAUAAUAUUGUGUUUACUAUAUUUAGUAUUAUUGCCAUUAAGAUGUUGUUUUUUAAAAGCAGUUAAUGAACUUGUAAAAUUGGCCACAUUAUAAAUGAUGUUCUUGAA